UCUCAGCAGCCGAACUCCACCAGUCAAGAUGGCGGACAGACCAGUUCCCAUAGCUGAGAAGCGUCUGAUGGAUGUGAAACUGGGUGAGUUGGGAAGCUGGUUCGGAGCACGAGACUUCACCCCUAACGGCGUCAUCUCUGCUGUCCGCAGAGGCCAUGACAGAUACUACAACAAGUAUGUUAACGUGAAGAGGGGAGGCAUUGGAGGCGUUGCUAUGCUGCUCGUUGGUUAUGUGGCUAUCAGCUACUUGUGGGAAUACGACCACAUCAAACAUGAUCGCUGGAGGAAGUACCACUAACAAGCUCCAUCAGACCUUCUGCGAUGGACCGUUCAGCUCUUCCUACUCUUUGUUUUCUCAGCCCGUUGUUCAAUGUGACCGUUGUGACCAAUAAACAAUAUUAAGAGUAA